UUGCAGCACGAAGGCGCCGCAAGUUUUGGAUUGACAUCAUGGGGUCGUCUACUGGAGCCGCUGGCCGAGGUGAGUCCAAAUCACCUAAGCAAUCCAACAAGACAUCCCCACCGCGACAAGAUGGCCACCCCGAAUCGAAGCAUGAACCUCCCCUGAAGCCAUCCGAGUCGACGACCAAUGCCGAACCAGCCAAACCACUCGCGCCUCCGCCCCGUCCCGCUGCGCAACAACAGUCCACGAACAGCCCUUCCGACUACUUCUCACAGAACCCCAUCAGCGGCUCCCUGAGCCUGGAGCCGAACCCAUUUGAGCAAUCCUUCGGCGGCGCCCCCGAGACUCCCGGCGGUACUAAGCUCCCGCCCGUCGCCGCCCUAGCGUCCCCAUCAUCCAUCUUGCCUCCUGGCUCAACACCUUUCCCCUGGGGCGGUAGCAACUCGUUGCGAUCCGGCCCAUUGAGUCCGGCAAUGCUGUCGGGCCCAACGACCUCUGAUUAUUUUGGCGACCACAUUCGCGGAGGUUUCCCAACGCCAAACGAAUCGUCUCUCAGAACAGGAUUGACGCCUGGUGGUAGCGGGUCUAUGUUCCCUGCCCCGAGUCCUAACUCGACUCUCUUUGCACAACUUGCCGGCCCUGCUGCCACGCCUGGAACCAUCGACUUCCACCGAACCGCCAUCAGUGCCGCUGCCGCCAAGGCCCAAGCUCAGGCCCAGGCCCAACAACAGGCAGCACAACAGCAUCAACAACAAUCGCAACCGCCAUCGAUUACGUCACAACCAGCCUCCGAUAUCCCCAAUGGCAUUCCGCCUCUGAAGCCUGAGACGAAGCCACCGACUGGACCCUUUGACCCGCAUGAUAACGACGCGGCAAAUGGUCUUUUCAUGUUAGCACAGGGACGAAACGCAUCCCAGCCACCAAGCCAAUCAUAUAACGUGGUGUCGGCACCUCCGCCACCUCCAUCAAGUCACUCGCACACUGUGCCGGCUCCUCCUGUUCAACCAGUCAACACCUCACCACAAAUGAAUGGGAACGUAUCUAUUGCAGGAAGCUCAGCACGUGGUGUCAGUGAAGUUAGCAUCGGGUCAGACGACAGUGAAUUUGCCAGGCCUAAUACCCGUGGCAAAGGGAAGCGCAACUCCACAGGCGCAGCGACGACGGGUUCCCGUCGCAAGGCUGAAGAAACUCCGGCCAAGACUCCGGCCAAUAAAAAGACCAAGACAAACGGAUCUGUUUCUUCACUCAACGGUAUGGACUACUCAGGCUCGGAAGACGAGUCGAAGCCAGGCAAGGAUGACGGAACGGGCUCAAAGUCCAAGAUGACGGAAGAAGAAAAGCGCAAGAACUUCCUGGAGCGGAACAGGGUUGCCGCUCUGAAAUGUCGGCAGCGUAAGAAACAGUGGCUCGCUAACCUCCAGCAAAAGGUGGAGAUGUUCAGUUCAGAGAAUGACGCCCUUACUGCAACAAUAACACAGCUUCGGGAAGAAGUGGUCAAUCUCAAGACACUUUUGCUCGCACACAAGGACUGUCCAGUGACGCAACAGCAAGGUCUCCAUGGCGCGUUCAUGCAGCAAGCCAUCGAGCCAUUUAGUCACCAGAUGAACCCCUACGGUAUGGGAGCUGGCAUACCUAAUCAGCCCGUCGGCAUGCCGCCGAAUGUUGCUCCUCGCCGAUUCUCAUAGCGAGGGGCUUCGGUGGUUGAGACAAUAUUGGAUGAUGAAACAGGCAACGAUUCUCGACAAUGAGGGUCGUUCUUCUUAACCUACUUGACCUUUCGGAUGUCACCCACGUUGACGAUAAUUACCAUCCAACCUCAACUGGGUCCGAUCAUUCGCGGGCUGUCCUUUCCGUUAAUAACAUUGGGCGGCGUGCAAAACGGAGGGCGCGACAUUCUUACGACGUUCGGAUUCUAGAGACUGCACCAUAAACAA